AGCAAUAACGAACACUGCUUUCCAUAAGAGGACAACCACAAUUAUAUAGACACUCGUCGGGAAUAUCCAUUACAUCAUAGAUUCACACACAUGUCCACAUUAUCCAGAAUGAGGCUCGGGCCAUGCGUGAGAGCGCUUCGCAUGCGAGCCGCGCCAGUACGCGCGUUCGGCACGCCACGUGCCCGCGCCCUUACCAGAGCUUUUUCCACGAGCCCCGCGGCGCGUGAAACACCGUUCUCCCAGCUUCCAGAAGAAGCCCGGGAGAUUCUCUCCGAGGAGCGGGCGGCAGAUGAAGUUGAUGUGGUGAUCGUGGGCGGUGGCCCAGCGGGGCUCGCUACGGCCAUCAAGCUCAAGCAGCUCGAUGCGGAACAUGGUUCUGGCGAACUCCGGGUAGUGGUUCUUGAAAAGGCAUCGGAUAUGGGGCUUCACACCGUUUCCGGGGCCGUUUUGGAGCCUAGGGCACUCUGCGAGUUGUUUCCUGAUAGUGAGCACUACGCCGAGGGCCACGAAAUUCCGUUGCCACAGGACCUUGCGACAUUGGUCACCACUGACUCCAUGAAGUUCCUCACGGCUACGGGCAGUAUCCCGUUACCCCACCCGCCACAGAUGGUGAACAAAGGCAAAAACUACAUUGUAUCGUUGAACCAGGUGGUCAAGUACUUGGCUGAGCAGGCCGAAGAGCUUGGGGUGGAGGUGUAUCCAGGCAUUGCGGUGGACGAGUUGCUUGUCGAAGAGGAUGCGGUAAGAGGAGUGGCUACUCGGGACAUGGGAAUCGCCAAGGAUUUAUCUCCCAAAGACUCCUACGAACGUGGUAUGGAGUUCCAUGCCAAGAUGACCGUGCUCGCCGAAGGAUGUCACGGGUCUUUGACCAAGAAGGCCAUUUCAAAGUUUGCUCUUCGGGGAAAGAACAACCAAACGUACGGCUUGGGGAUCAAAGAGGUCUGGGAGGUGGCACCGGAGAAGUUCAACAAAGGGUUCGUGGGCCAUACCAUGGGGUACCCAUUGUCCACCGACGUGUACGGCGGGGGGUUCCAGUACCACUUCGGUGAUGGGCUAGUGGCUGUCGGGAUCGUUGUUGGUCUUGACUACGCCAAUCCGUGGAUUUCUCCCUACCAGGAGUUUCAGAAGAUGAAGCACCAUCCGUUCUACAAGGACACGCUUACCGGUGGUAAGUGCAUCUCCUACGGUGCCAGGGCCUUGAACGAGGGGGGGUGGCAGUCGGUCCCGAGGUUGCACUUCCCCGGCGGGGUGCUCGUUGGAUGUAGCGCCGGCUUUAUGAACGUGCCAAAGAUCAAGGGAACCCACACAGCGAUGAAGUCGGGAAUGUUGGCAGCCGAAACCAUCUUUGAGGCUCUUCAGGAAGCGGAAGAGAGCGAAGAAGGCAUUUUGUCGCCAAUCAACUUGGAGGCCUACCAGAAAGCCUACGAGGGGUCCUGGAUCCAUGAGGAGUUGUAUGGGGUUAGGAACGUCCGCCCUUCUUUCAACUCCCCAUUGACAUUGUUUGGGGGGAUGGCCUACUCCGGGUUGACCACUAUGAUCACCAAGGGCAAGGAAAGCUGGACGUUUGACCACCACAAGUCCGAUGCCUCAUGUACUAAACCAGCGGAUCAGUUCACCAAAAUCGAUUAUCCGAAGCCGGACGGUGUCAUCUCCUUCGAUAUCUUGACCAGUGUCUCGCGUACAGGUACAUACCACGACGACGAUGAGCCGUGCCAUUUGCGUCUUACCGUGCCGGGGAAGGAGGCCAAGGAGACGGUGAACGAUGAAGAGACGUUGAGAAAGCACGCUGAAAAGUCGUAUCCGCGGUUUAAGGGCGUGGAGCAGAGGUUUUGUCCCGCGGGGGUGUACGAGUACGUGGAGAGCAAGGAUGUGAAGGACGAAAAGGCCGGCGGGGUCAAGUUCCAGAUCAACUCCCAGAACUGUAUUCAUUGCAAGACGUGUGAUAUCAAGGUUCCAGACCAGGAUAUUGACUGGACGGUGCCAGAGGGUGGUGAUGGUCCGAAGUAUGUCAUGACAUAGGGAGCGUGAUCCGACAGCGCCAAAUGUAUGCCUAUGUUGACUCUAUGGGUAUUAAGCUCGUUAUUUAUUUCAGAAAUAUUUCUGCCAGUAGAUUCAUGUUUAGCUCGAUUGUAAUGUAUACAGGGUCUAAGCGGUGAGCGUAGCUCCACCACGGCGCUGACAGAUGUGUAACGAUGGUCGGAUUAUGCCCCCUUGGAUCAAUCAGCGUUUUUUUUUUUGCUAGCCAUGACUCUAUUCCUCCCCUGAAAACAUCUAUAUAACUACCCAUUGUCUGGGCAUUUGACGAGAGGCAUCGAAGGCGUAGGCCAUUCUGGUAUCAGCUAAAUCACCA